AUGACAAGACUCACUGAAAAUGCUGACUACGGUGCCGGCGAAAUGUCUGGGAAUGUGUCACGUCCACUGUCCGACUUUGGAAAUGAUUAUGCAUACGCUGGACUCCGGACUAGUAUAGAAUCUUGCUCUGGUGAUGCCUGUCACAAUACAGACGAAAGCUUAGCACAGUUUCAUCGGGGUAGCAGUACGUUGAGCAGAGGACUUCUUCUCCCAAUUCAACAGUCUUCCCUACGCAUCAAUUCUCCUUCGGUUUCCAGUGAGACCACAUCACCCAUUCCUUCCAACCAAUUUUGA